CGCCGCAAUUAUUAGCAGCCCGUCAUCCCAUUCCACUUCUGACUCCUCCAACUCGCCUCCCUCUUUUUUCUCCCGCUGGACACAUCCUUACCCGACGCGUGGAAGCACAGCCCGAGCUCACAUCCCCGCCGACUUGUCCCACCCAUCCGUCCCACCACGUUUCCACGCGACCCGCCGAGACCGAUUCUCCAAAUCAACAUCAGCGAGGAGAGGAGGAGCAGACCGCAGCACAAGGGCCAACCUCGCACCGCCAUGUCCGGGCGCGGCAGAGGCAGAGGUGGCCGCGGCGGCUUCGGCGGGGGCCGCAAGGCCGCGCCCCAGGGCAUGCCCGGCGGCGACGAGCCGGGCCUCAUGUUCAACGGCGAGCCGCAGGGCACGUAUCCGAAAUACAAAGUCCCCGUCGCCCCGCCGCUCUCCCCCUCGGAGGAUCGUGCCGUCGCGUCCUUCGUCGCCUUCCGCCGGGCCUUCCACGGCACGCCCUUCUACACCCACCGACAGCUCGCCAGCAACCCUUCCUCGUCCUCGGCCCCGUCUCACCCCGCCGCCGGCCCUUCUCUUACCGAAUCUUGCGCUGCCACCGCCGCCGCGUCCGGGAGGCCAGUCCCGCCCGGGAGCGACGGCGCCUCCCGCCCCGUCCAGCGCGCCUACGGCCAGGCCCAGAUCAACGCGCGCUUCAGCGUCCGCAGCCGCGCCACCCUCGACCCUUUCACCGCCGUGCCGCUGUGGAGCAACCGCUUCACCGACGAGGCGCGCGUGCUCCCCGACCUCAAGCCGACCUCCUCCUCCGCCGCCCGCCCCCGUCGCGCCAACUACAUCGUCGAUUUUUUCCCCGACGAGGUCCGCGCCACGCUCGAGGGCCGCGACGCCGGCGGCUUCCGGGGCGGCUUCCUAGCCGCGCGGCCAUCGCCCCCGGACGGCGCGAGCUCGCGCGGCCGCCGACGUCCGCACCCCGCUAGCGGCGGCCAUCGCCCCCGCCGCCUCAACGGCCACGCCUUCGACGACGAGACCGAGGAGCAGCGCAAGGCGCGCGUCGACGCCGCGCUCAAGGACGGCGAUCAGGACGCCGCCCCCGGCGAAGCCGGCGCCGACGGUAACAAUGUCGACGACGAGGAUGAGGAGGCCCUCGGCUCCCAGGAGGACGACGACUACGCCGACGACGACGAUGACUACGAUGGUGACUACAACGCCGAGGCCUACUUCGACGACGGCGCCGACGACGACUUCGGCGAGGAGGAGGGCGUUGGCGAGAGCGCUAUGGACUUCUGAUCCCCCCCCCGACUUUCCCCUACCCCCUUCUAAUACUACACUCGUCCCUGUUAGAAUAUUGCAGGGACGGACUGUCGCACCUGGCAAGAAUAGAGAGCUAUCAUUUUCCUCAUCAGAUCCUAUCUGACUUACCUAGUUAGCAAAGGCUUAUUACCCUCGUAUGGAAUCGGCGCCCUUGAUAGAUAUAGGUACACGGAUGAAUGGACAAUUUAGUGAAUCACAGUCUUAUCC